UUAUAUAUAUAUACAUACAUAUUAUUUUUCUUUUUUAAAAAACCCCCCUCUUUUUACACCAACUUUACAAGAUGACCCACAAAAUUAUUUAUAAUCUCAAGGGCAGCCCAUUUUUUUUGUUCAACUUUGAAGGCUUUGCUUUAUAUAAAUAAGCCUUAAGCACACCACACCCUCCAUUUGUUAAUACUGUAAUACAAAGAAAACUUCUCUUCCUCUUUCUCUUUCUCUUUCUCUUUCUCCCCUUCCUUUUCCCUCCCAUUUUAUCAUUAUGCUCUUCAACUUCCAUCCUCACUAUUUUGCUCGUGAUCACAUCGAUGAUUUUUCAUCUUACUUGCUCUUCGAGGCAUCUGGUGACUCGGAGGUCGACUCUCUGGCUGACCUUGAAGGCUCGACUGCCGCCCUGAAUUUGGUGGAGUUUGACGAUGCUGAAUCUUGCACGGAUGAUACUCUUGAUUUGUAUGAUGAAUUUUUGAGAGAUGAAAAUGAGAGUGAAGCAGAGGAGGACGAGGACGAGGACGAGGAGAUGUUUGAGAAUGAUGGGGUGGUGGAAAGCAAGGCAAUUGGAUUCACAACAAGCUCAAGUGCUUCAAUUGAUUCAACUAAGGAGUUCAAAAUGCUUAAUGAUGUGGAAAAAAACAGGUUGUUUUGGGAGACUUGUUUGGCAUCAUAGCAUCUCCCUAAUUAUUAUU